AUGGCAGCAGCAGGGGGAUCGGGCAGUGGUGGAUCGUUGGAGGCAUGGUUGCAGAAAUUGUCCCAGGAUGGAGCAUUCAAUGGUAGUUCGACUGGUGAGGACAUUACAGCGACGUUGCGUAGGAAUUUGGAGGAUGAAUUUGAUAAAUUAGGUAAGUGGAUGCUGGUGCAGGAGUCUACUGAAAUAGGGAACUUCUGCAUGAAGGUUAAUGGGUGGAAUGGGAGUACGUGGGAAGGGCAGUAUAUGCAGGUACUCUGUAAUGCCAUAGCCGAAAUAAAAUAUUUCAUAAGUGGCGUAAGGACGGAAAGAUGGAAGCAUGGAUGGUCGACCGAUAAACAAGCAGAAAUUACGACUCUUUCCCCUGCUCAAGCUUAUGCACGUUGUAUUGUCGGCGCAGUUGCUUUAUCGGAAAUCUAUGGUGACCACUGUAACAUGAAGGAGGCCAUAGAGAAGGUCGAGGGGGCACUUGAGAUUAUGUUAAUAGAUCAUUUGAAAAGUCGGGGCCUCCAGAACCAAUUAAAUAAUUGUAAGGGAGUAGACGUUAAUGCUUUACUUAUCGGUAAAGCACUUCUCCAAGGUAAAAUCAAGGAGUGGACGCAGGAAGAAAGGGAUAAGGGGUUGAAGAGCGGAAACUGGAGGGUGGGGAGGCAGUGGGAUGAGAGGUGGCCAAAGGUUUGUAUGCGUGGGAGGAGAAGUGGGAAGGAACAAAUGGAAGCAGCAAAGAAGGACGCGAAGGAGGGGAAUAGAGAACAUAUUGUAAAUUUUUCAGGACUGAACAACGACAACACUCAAAAUAAAAAUACUGGAUUCACUAUAUCGGAUGUAUUAAUUAAUGAUGACUUAACAUUGAAGCAGGACAAAUUGGACAGCAUCUUUUCGAACCUAACACUGAAGGAAGAUGGUAAAGUUGACAUAAAUUCCUUGACGAAGAAGAUAAAGGACGCAAGUGAUGAAAAACUGACUCAGGAGUGCAUGAAAGAAAACAGCAAGCCAUUUUGUGAUCGACUAAAAUGUGCAGAAGAAUAUUGGAAAUUGAAUAACGGAGGACAACAGGGCAACAGCAAGGACUUCUGGAUGGAGAACGUGAAGGAGAAGCUGGAAAAACUCAUCACUAAGGCGACGGUAGACAAUGGUGGCACCACGGAUACCUAUUGCAAGGAAGAUUCCCUAGAUAGUGCAAAUAAAGAAGCAUGCAAGCACAUGGCAGCAUUGUUGAAUGAAAUGUACCAAAAAUCAAAUAGUGGUACUAACAAAUAUUCUGAUCAAAUGAUAAGUUGUCUUCUGUUAAGGGAAUAUGCUAAAAAAUUAAAUGAACAAGCAAAACAAAAAGGGUACUGUGACAUAGACAGUGGUUUAAUGGAAGCUUUUGGUAAAAGUAGUGAAAUUAUGAAAAAUGCGCCAGAUCAAUGCAAAGAUAGUAAUGGUACUAAUUCUUGUUUUGAAUGUAAUUGGGACGACAAAACUAAGGACGACCUUGAUCAGUGCACCAUUCCCAAUGGUCAAAGCGUCAAUGAGAAAGUACAGGACAAAGUGGUUGAAUUAUUCAGCGAAAACACCCAAACGCAGGACGACGGAAUACAAAAAACCUUGGCUCAGUUCAAUACGAACAAUACCUUCUGUGAACGAGUAAAAUGUGCAUUGAAUUGGUAUGAGAACAACGGGGGAAAGCCUGAAGUAUGGAAGAAAGCCCAAGAGGAAGUUGUCCAACCACUUGGCCAGGCCAUGUCUACCAAUACAGACAACAAAUUAGACACCCAUUGCAGUAAAUUGGACAACAAGAACAAAGAAAUGUGUCUCCUCUUUGCAAGAGGAUUAGACCACAUGUACAAGGAAACAAAUACUAGCGGCAAUGAUCCUAUGAAUUUGUUUAAACGAACUAUGAUGUGCGCAGCACUAAAUGCAUACGCUAAAAAAUUGAAAGAUGAGGCAAAGAAUAAAGCGAGUUGCAGUAUAGAGGAGGGAAUAAAUAAGGCCUUUACAGAAAGUAAAAGCAUUAUGGAGAGAGCAGCACCUACAUGCAAGGAUCCUAAGGGUGCUGAAUGCUUUGUUUGCAAGGAAGAAAGUUCUGAUAAAUGCGAAAUUAACACAAAUGGCAGCGCAGGCAGCACCUCCACUGAAAAUGUAAAUAGCAGAUUGAAGAAAAUGUUUGAGGACGACGACUCAACUGGACUGAAGGAAUCUUUGGACAAAAUAUGUUUACCAUGUCUAGAUAAAGCUGAUCUAUGUGAGCGUGCAGAUUGUGUAUCUGAAAGAUGGUUAAAAAACAAAAAAGGAAACCAUGUUCAAACGCUGACAACAUCUGACUGGGAUGAUUUAUGGAAAAAGGACGAUGGUGUAGGGAAGGAAUUGACGGAACUCUCAGGGAAGAUGAAGGAGGAGAAUAAGAACAGUGUAGACAUCCACUGUAAUGGCCUUAAGAGUGAAGAAGAGAAGGAAGUAUGCAAGCUCAUUGCUUCAGGAUUAAAGAGUAUUUAUGAAAUUAAAGCAGGUCAGGGUGGGGGAAAGAGCACGAGGAAGGAGUUGGAGGAUCAAUUAUUUAAACGUACCAUGCAAUGUGUUUUAUUAAAUGCUUUUGCUGAUAAAUUAGAAUCACUUCCAUGUGCAGAAGAAAAGAAAGUGGCUGAUGCAAUAACCAAAGCAUUUGGGGAGAGUGGAAGCAUUAAAGGAACAGUAUCUGGGUGCACAGAAGAUGGUGAUAAGUGUUUUAAAUGUGAGAGGUUUACGAACUUUAAGGAUUGCGAAAUUAAAGAAAAUGGCAACACUUCAACGGGGGUGAAUUUGAAGACCAAAAUUAACCCCAUGUUCGACGUCGAAAAGGCAGAAAUAAAGAAAAUUGAGGAGAAAGCUCUUAAGGACAUAUGUAAACCGUGUGACAACGAUGAAUUCUGUGCACGUCUACAAUGUGUAGCAGGGAAAUGGGAAAAAAGGAAUAAAGGAACCUCAAACGGAAACGUUACCUGGGAUAACAUGCAAAAUGACUUCGGUGAACUAUUAUCUUCACUACUAAAAGACAUGGAGGAUACUGCAAAGCAGAAAGAUGCUGCUACCAAAUAUUGCAACAGCAACAACUGGAACGAUAACGACGCCCAUGGCGUCGCAAACAAGACUGCAUGCAAGAUGGUUGCAGCAGGUUUAACGCACAUUUCGAGUAUUCAACAUAAAUAUAAGAUUAGUGGCAGUCAGAAACCUGAGGAAAAUGGGAACCCUUAUGAUAACCAAGAGUUUGAACAAUUAGUUUCUUGUUUAAUGUUAAAAGCCGUCGUACAAAAAAUGAAAGAACAAAGUCCCAUUUGCGACAUACAACCGGGAAUAGACGCCGCUUUUAAGAUGGCAAACGAAAUUAAAGGGAAACAUUGCAUAAAUAAGAAACCUUGCAUUGUUUGCAACCUGAAGGACAAGUAUGAUGAGUGCUCCUUGGACAGUGCAAAGAAGGAUCAAGUAAAGCCUAAAUUGGAAGCACUGUUCGACGGGAAGAAGACCGAAGUCGAGGGCGCCCUCAUGGACAUAACUAAAACAGCCGGAAACAGUAGUUCUGAUUUAUGUCUCCGUUUACAAUGUCUAGCUCCUCGAGUUCAGGCAUCCAACAAUGCGGAAAAAUUUUGGACAAAGGAUGGCGAAGUCGCGAACUUAUGGACAGAAUUGUCAGAUGCAAUGAAGGCAAAUAACAACAACGAAGAUCAAUGUAAUACCAUGGAUAAUGACAACAGAGAGGCAACCAACGCUGAAAAGACGGCAUGCAAGUAUUUGCAUGCCGGCUUAGAACAACUGUACAAGAAGGACCCGGGGGCGGCGACGUCACCGUCGCCCUUAGGCGACAUCUUAAAGAACAACCCAUCGUUGAGACGAACGAUGGGUUGUUUCUUACUUCAUUCUUAUGCAAAACAUAUGAAAGACAACGCCAAAUGUUUAGUGGAAUCAGGAAUAAAAAAAGCUUUUGGUUCAUGGGAACCAAGGAAAAAGGUUAUUUGCAAUAACACGGAACCUUGCGUUCCUUGCUAUUGGAAUGAAGACAACUAUGACAAAUGCCAAAUUAACACAAUUGGCACAGAUGGCAACACAGCACCAACGCCAGUACAGGAGAAUUUAAAACAAGUUCAGCCCCAAAUUGGUAAAGACGCAACUAACACCCUAACGGAAAUAAAUAGAAUGACCACUUUAUGCGAUUUCAUUAGAUGCGCCGCACCCAAAUGGUUCAAAAACAACGGAACAGCGAACGGUAAUAGUGUUACUGCAACCAAGGAUUGGUGUGACUUCUGGGAUGGCGCUGUUAAAGAGGAACUGAAGGCGAUGUUUCAGGAAAUCCUGUCCCGUGGAACGGACAAAACAAGGUCAAACACUAAUUACGCAACAUGCCAAAGCUUUGGUGAUGGUAAUGAGGAUAGUGUUGAAAGAAAAGCUUGUAAUCAUAUCACGACGGGAUUAAGACACAUUAACCAAGUUCAGGGUAUCAAGCCGAAUGCAGAUGAUGAUAAGUUUUUUAAACAAUCUAUGAUGUGCGCAGCACUUAAUCUUUAUGCUGAUCAAAUAAUUAAAAAGUCCAAGGAUAAAUGUCCCAUUGAUGAGGACAGAAUAAAUAAAAUGUUCACAACAUGGAACCGAUUUAAUAAUAUUUCGUCUUCGACUUCGUGUUCGAAUGGAGUUUAUGGUUGUUUUGAAUGUCAAAGGAAUGAUAAAAUUUUGGAGGGUUGCAAUCUAAGUGUUUCCAACACUUUGAUUAAAACACCAUCACCAUCACCAAAUGGAGAUUGCAAUGAUAACGCAACUGAAGUGAAGACUAAAAUGGACGGCCUCCUCAAGGACAAAACCAUCAAAAUGCAACCAACACUAGACAAAAUAAAUGAAAUGGACUCUUUCUGCACUCAAUUGCAAUGCGCAGCAAAACAAUACUACGCAAAAAACAACACUGGUGGAACAGGCACCGAUGUGUCUUGGGAAGAAAUAAAUGAUGUCGUUAAAGAAGAAUUAACGAAACUUAUAGGACAUAUUACGAAUGAAGAUAAAUGGAAAGACGUUGCCGCACAGUGCGGCAACGUGAGUUCUUCGUCGCCAGACGACACCGAAGGAGAAAAAACUGCAAAGCAAAAAGCUUGUAAGCUUUUUGCUUCAGGUUUAAAACACAUUUCUAAUAUUAACGAAAGUGACGAUGCUACCAAAACGCUCAAACAAACUAUGAUGUGCGCAGCACUUAAUCUUUAUGCUGAUCAAUUAAUAAAAAAAGCAGAAAAACAAUGUCCAUUAGAUAAUGAAAAAUUGAAAAAGGCAAUAGAUGUGACCUUUGGUAAAAGUAGUGACAUUAUGAAUGGAGGAACUCCAUGUCCAGCUGGUUCUAAUUCUUGUUUUGAAUGCACAAGACAAGAAAAAUUUGACACUUGCCAAAUUGGCUCUGCCAAGGUAAAGGACGAAAUGGAGAAACUCCUCCUCAAGGAAGACCAAUCCACCUCCAACACCCCUACGAUGGAACAAACACUUGACAAAAUUAAUAGUAAAGACAUUUUCUGUACUGAACUCCAAUGCGCCAUCAAACAACACUACAACAAAACCAAAAAAGGAAAGACAGGUGGAAUGACCACACCCAAUUGGAGUGACAUAAAUGAUGAAGCCAAAGGCGUAUUAGAGCAACUUCUAAAACAUAUUACGCAACCUUCGCAUGAGAAGGACGUUGUCGACUUCUGCAAAGACAACGCCGCAUGGAAUAAGGGCCAUAAAGAAAGGAAAACAAAUAAAGCAGCUUGUUUACUUUUUGCUUCAGGAUUAAAGCACAUUUAUAACCAACAUAGUGUCAGUGUUAAGGGCCCUGUUAAUGGCCCAUCGUUUGAACAAACGAUGGGUUGUUUAUUUCUUAAGGAAUAUGCAAAACAAUUGCAAACAAUGGCAGAAGAGAAGAAAAAAGGAAAUAGUUGGGUACAUCCUCUUUGUGACAUAGAUGAGGGCAUAAAACAUGCUUUUAAUGAAAGUGAAAAAAUUAUGAAGAGUGUAUUAUCUGAAUGCAGCAGUGGUCCUAAUGGUAUUUCUUGUUUUCAAUGCAAGCUUACGGACAACUAUGAUAAUUGCCCCAUUGGCAAUGAAGAUAUAGGAAAUAAAGCUACAGAACUGUUCAAAGACGAUCAGAAACAAACCCAUAUGCAACAAACAUUAGAGAAUACAGUUUGUCCCAUCCUUCUUACGGAUCUCCUUACCCCUUUUCUUCCUUUGGCUCCUGUCUCUAUUGGUCUUUCUGCUAUGGCUUAUUACCUUUGGAAGUAUUUUGGUCCUCUUGGUAAAGGAGGACCACGUUUCAGAAGAUCUCCUGCUGAAAUUCCUGGUUCAUCAGUACAGGAACAAGUCCUCGAUCAUGUGGAAGAAGUCGGUUCACAUGAAUAUCGAUUGGUGAAGGAGCGAAAACCUCGUUCUGCUCCAACGAGAACGAAACGUUCCGAUCGCGCGAAUCGCCGCACCAUUAUUGAAAUUCAUUUUGAAGUGUUGGACGAAUGUCAGAAAGGGGAAACACAAUUGGCUCACAAUGAUUUUCUGGAACUUUUGGUUCGAGAAUUCAUGGGAUCCGAAUUAAUGGAAGAAGAACAGGUUUCUAAGGAAGAAGUUCUUAUGGAAGGUGUUCCUUUGGAACUUGUUCCUAUUGAAGAGGUUCCAAGCUUAGGUUCCGGGUUACUGGUUUAA